AUGAAUCUUCCGGAGACAGAGUCUCUGGCGUACUCUCUGGUGUUACACUUUUCUGCAAGCGAAUACUUUCUUCCUCCAUUUCUGAAAACUAUGAAAAAGCUCAAAGUUUUAAUGGUAUGUAAUUUGGGUUCAGAGAGGGCCACAAUAAAAGGUCUAGAUGCCUUGCCUUCACUCACACAACUCAGAUGUGUUCGCUUGGAGGGGUUGCUUCCACCCGCUAUUCCAAAACAGAGAAAAGUAAUACAAAACUUGGACAAACUUUCUCUAAGCUUAUGCGAAGGGUUUGUAAAUAUGUCCACAUUCAAUGACACCAACCUGCAAGAGUUUAACUUGGGCCACUGCAGCGAUUUGGAGGAAUUGCCCCUUGCCAUGUGUCAUAUGCCCUCUGCUCAGAGAUGGUCUGUUACCAACUGCCAUCUGGUUAAAAAAUUGCCAUAUAAUCUCGGAAAUAUGAGUUCUCUAAGGAUGUUAAGAGUAUCAGCAUUACCAGGCCUGAAAGAGCUUCCGGUAUCAAUUGGAAAACUUGGGCAGCUGGAAUUUCUAGACAUUUCACUGUGCGAGGGCUUGGAAAAACUUCCUGAUGAAAUAGGUGAGCUCAAGAAGUUGAAAGAGUUUGACAUGAGAGAGUGUUAUCAUUUAAGGGAGUUGCCAGAUAGUGUUUGUGGAUUAAGCUCCCUCAAACAUGUUAUCUGCAAUGAGAAUAUUGGGGUCAAGUGGUUACGAGCUAAAGCCUCUUAUAUCCCUGAUCUCAGAAUUGAAAUUGUGGAACCACAAUUCAUUUUUCUGACCCUAACGUUUUAG